AUGGGCUACCCACUGGGUGUUUGGGUAAUUUCAACUUCGUCGUUGAGGAGUGCGAUGACAAGCUUGGAUGGUCUGGAAGGUCUGGGUGGAGUCGGUGGUGGCAUGGGCAGUGCUGACACGGGGUUGGUGCAGUCUGCUGGUGGUGGGGCCUCGUCUUCGAUGGGAACUUCACUUGCUGGUGGUGGCAUGGGAGAUGGUGCAGAGAAUUGGGUGGAAAGUGAUGGCGUCGGCACUCUGUCCUCGCUGGGAACCACAAUGGUUGGCAAUGGAGGUGGUGACCUGGUGGUGAUGGUCCUGCAGCUGGUGGUGGUGGCUCAAGGCCGUCAGCUGGCGGAGGUGGCCGCCGCGGCCAUCGCAGCCAUCCCACUGGAGACGACGGCCAGCAAGGGCUGGGAGUUCGGCUUUUUCCCGAACGGCCAAGAAGCCGAGGCCCCCAUGCCGGUGAUGUCGCUGGCGUUUCUGCUUCUUCGCAGAGUGACGUUGGAAGAUGUGGCGAGCACCACUCAGCUUCGGGGCCGUGAGGCGGAAUUGAAGGCGGAGGCCACGUUGUCCAUGCUUGCCGCCGGCAUACAUCGCCACCUCAACAAGGACGCCCUUUCUGCAGAGCAACACUUCAAGAAGCGUGAGAACGAAAUGGCCCAGCUGAGACAAGACCUGGAUGACCAGCGCUGGUCCGAGGAGGCCAACCGACGGCACCUUUGUGUCGCUGCCGGUCCUAGCAGCAAGGAAUUAGAGAAGGAGUUGCAAGCCAAGAGUGGCCAAGUGGAGGACGCCCGUGACUACCGCGACGAGUGCUUCCUGCGCGUGCUGAUACUCUCCCGCACCUGGCUGCAAUACUGUCAUACCUUUCUGAACAAGGACAAGGCGCAAUCCAAGCUGCUGGACGAUGCGCCUGUCCUGCAAGGGAGGCUUCAAACUGAAACGUCUUAUCUUUGA